UGAGGGCUAAAUGAGAUAGGAUGUCAGUGCAGCGGCAGAUCUCAGAACAACUGCAGUCAUGAUGGGAAAAAUUAUCUUCUACGAGGACAGGAACUUCCAGGGCCGUUCUUAUGAAACCACCCAGGACUGCGCUGACAUGUCCUCCUUCCUGAGCAGGUGCCACUCCUGCAAGGUCGACAGCGGCUUCUUCGUGGUCUACGAUCGCAACAACUUCAUGGGGAACCAGUACUUCAUGAUGAGGGGAGAGUACCCUGACUACCAGCGCAUGGGAAUGGGCAUGAACGACUGCAUCAGGUCUUGCCGCAUGAUCCCAAUGCACAAAGGGAACUUCAGGAUGAGGAUUUACGAGAGGGAGAACUUCGGAGGGCAGAUGCACGAGACGAUGGAAGACUGUGAGUCCGUCCUGGUCCGUUUCCGCAUGUCAGAUUGCCAGUCAUGCAAUGUCAUGGAUGGCCACUGGCUGAUGUACGAGCAGCCCCACUACAGAGGCAGGAUGAUUUACUUGAAGCCAGGCGAGUACAAGUCCUUCAGUCACCUGGGCUCGGGAACGAGCGGUUUGAGGUUCAUGAGCAUGAGGCGUAUCGUGGAUAACAUGUCCAUGUAAUAUGUUCAUUAUGUAAAGAAACAUUUGAAUAAAGUGUAUUUCUAUUUCUAA